AUGACUUCCAGCGCCAAACCCGGGCAGCAGCAGCAGCAGCAGCAGCAGCGGAUGCAGCAGCAGCAGCAGCAGCUGCUGCUGCAGCAGCAGCAGCGGAUGCUGCUCUCUGCAGUUGCAGCGCAGCUCGAGGCAAAACCUGCUGCAGCAGGGCCCUCGGGGGCCCCCACAGGGGGCCCCCCGGGGGCCCCCAACUGUACCCUUUUGGGGGCCCCCCUGCGUGUGUCUUCUGUGCAUGCAGCAGCAGCAAGAAGCUGCUGGGCAGCUAUAGAAGCAGCAAUGUCUUCUAAGGCAGCAGCAGCAGCAGCAGCAGCAGCAGCAGCGGAGCAGCAGCCGCUUGCUGCAGCGCUCAAUGUGACGCUGCAGUGCCUCAGGAAGUCGUUGGACGAGCUGCAGCAGCAGCAGCAGCAGCAGCAGCAGCAGCAGCAGCAGCAGCAGCAGCAGCAAACUGAAGAGGGAGAAGCAGAUAAGGAGCCCCUUGUUGGGCCCCCCAUGUUUGUCGUCGGGAUGAGUGUGCUGCUGGAGCUGCUGUUUGCUGCAGCAGCAAAGGCGCAGCUGCUGCAGGGCGGCGAGCAGCAGCAGCAGCUGCUGCGGCAGCUGCUGCUGCUGCUGCAGGACGCAGCGCUGCUGCCAGCAGCUCCCGAGAGGGCCUCGCUGUCUUUGCUGCAGGCGCUGCGCAUUUGUGGGGGCCUCCCGCCCCCAGCCGGCGACAGCAGCAGCAGCAGCAGCUGCUGCUGCAGCAGCAGCAGCAGCAGCAGCAGCAGCAACGUAAUUUUGUCCCGGGGCUGCUUCGAGGUGCUGCUGCGUGCUGCAGCAGCAGCACCAAAAGUGCCUGUGCAGGCAGCAGCACGGCGGCUGCUGCUGCGGUUUGUCUCCCGUGUCUGUGAGCAGCUGCAGCAAGAAGAUGCAGCAGCAGCAGCAGCAGCAGCAGCAAGCUUGGGGUCUCUUACGACGGCCCUGGUAAGGGCGCUGAAACAGCAGCAGCAGCAGCAGCAGCAACAGCAGCAGCAGCAGCUGCUGCAGCGCAACAGCGAAGAGGGCCGGUUGCUGCUGCUGCUGCAGCGGAUUCUGCCGCAAAUUCUGGGGUCCAUUGCCCGCCGCCUGGACUCUCUGCAGCAGCAGCCGCAGCAGCAGCAGCAGCAGCAGCAGCAGCAGCAGGAGCUGCUGAAGCAAAAGGAAAGAGCAGAGGGUUUGUGUCUGCUGCUGCUGCAGCAAAAGGGCCCCAAGGGGCUGCCUGCAGCAGAAAGUUUAGAAGCACUGGGCGUUAUAUUGACGGAUUUGCUGCACCAGCGGCGCAUGCUGCUGCAGCAGCAGCUGCUGCUGCAGCAAGAAGGCCAGCAGCAGCAGCAGCAGCAGCAGCAGCAGCAGCAGCGGCUUGCUGCAGGGGUGUCUUCGCUGUCGAUUGCUUCGCAGCUGCUGACGCGGCUGCUGCUGAAGAAGGGGCGCCUUUACAGCAGCAGCAGCAGCAGCAGCAGCAGCAGCAGCAGCAGCAGCAGCGGGGGCCCCAGGGAGGUUGCUGCUUGGUGUUCUGCAGGCUCUGCUGCUGUUGCUGCUGUUAUGCUGUGGGCCAGCGAGGGCCUGCAGCAGCAGCAGCAGCAGCAGCAGCAGCACGGCAGUGCCGCAGCAGCAGCAACUGCAGCAGCUGCGGAAGCAGAGCCAACAGAUGCAGCAGAAGAACAGCUGCGCGCCCUCAUGGACAAGCUCAGCUUGGAGAGCUCCCCGCAGCAGCAGCAGCAGCAGCAGCAGCAGCAGCAGCAGCAGCAGCAGCAGCAGCGGGACAGGAUGGCUGUUUGCCUGUCUUUGGUGCAGCAGUUUGUUGCUGUUCUUGUGGGCAUUGCAAAUAAAGCAACAGACCCCACAGCUCUGUCAGCAGCAAUUAAGGCAGCAAAGCGCCUGGUGACACAGCAGCAAAUAACGGGCGUGCCUAUACACCCUUCGGUGCUUACCUUCAUCACGAGUCUGCUGCACUACCGGCACAAGGCGCGGUGGCCCGAAGUGCUGUCGCUUUGUGGGGAAGCUGCUGCUGCAGUUGAAGUCUGCGCCUACAGGGAGUUUUUAGUUUCUCUCGGCGCAGCGGGAGACGCGGGCAGCCUCGCCCCCUUUUUGGACAAAUUUUAUUCUGCUGCAUUUUCUUCUUUCGAGCCAGUCAUCUCAACUUUGUGGGAGUUGCUGCUGGCAGCAGAAGGCACGGAGCAGCAGCAGCAGCAGCAGCAGCAGCAGCAGCAGCAGCAGCAGCAGCAGCAGCAGCGGGGCGCUGCAGGCGGGGCGGCGGGCAAGACGGCGGCAUUCCUGAGGGCCAAGCAGCAGGAGCUGAAGCUCUUCAGGCCGCAGCUGGACUUCGCGUUUGGGACUUGCGUGCGGGUGUUUGGCUGCUGCCGCGUGCUGGGGGAGGAAAAUAAAAGUUCUGUUUGCAGAUUGUUUUUAUCUUUUGCUGCUGCUGCUGCUGCUGCUGCUUCUUUCGAGACUUUUGCUGCUGGCAGCAACGUGUGGCUGCUGCCGCUGCUGCAGCGCUUCGUCUGCAGAGACCGGCUCAGCUUCUUCGUCCAGCAUGUGCUCCCGGCGGCUGCUGCAGCGCAGCAAAGAGCAGAAGCAACAGCAGCAGCAGCACCGGCGGAGAGCAAGGACUGGGUUCGGGUGUACAGACAGCUGUGGGGUUUGCUGCCAGCUUUUGCUUCGCAACCACUGGACCUUUUUUGCUGCUUGGAAGCCAAAAGUUGGAAAGAAGAACCCCAAGCAGCAGCAGCAGCAGCAGCAGCAGCAGCAGGGGAUUUAAAAGAUUUAAGUUCUUCAAAAAGUGAAAAAAUCCAAAAAAAAGAUUUCCAAAAACCCCUGCUGCUGCCUCGACUCCUCGAGCUGCUGCACGACAGCAGCUUGAGAGAUGCUGCAUGCAGUUCAAUUGUGGCACUUGCGAAGUCUGCUGCUGCUCCCGGAGCCCAGACUCCCCUGCUGCUGCAGCAGCAGCAGCAGCAGCAGCAGCAGCAGCAGGGGGCGCUGCUGCAGCUGGGCUGGGCCGCGGCGGAGCAAAGAGCUGCGCCCAGCGGGGCCCCCGCUGCAGCAGGAAGCCGGCUGCUGCUGCUGCUGCAGCGGGUGGCGGAGGCUGUUGCUGCAGCAGCAGCGGGCGAGGGCUCUGCUGCUGCAGUGCGAGCAGCUGCUGCUGCUGCUGCUGCUGCUGCCCGCGUCUGCAGCCCCACUGACAGCAGCUUGCUUCCUGCUGCAGUCAUGGCAGCAGCAACAGCUGACAGCAACAGAAGAGCUCUUGCCCAAUACGCAGAAGAAAUCCUCAGCUUUAUCACAGUUCGCUAUUUGCUGCUGCACAAAGACACAGCAGCAGCAGCAGCAGCAGCAGCAGCAGCAGCAAGGCCAGCUGAGGCCGCGUUUGCUGCACUCUCGGAAUCCGCCAAAGCAAAAGCAGCGCAGCAGCUGCUGCUCGCUAUACGGGCAGAAUUGUUGCUUCUUGCUGCUGCUGCUGCUGCUGCUGCUGCUGCAGGCAGGGAGCUCUUCGAAGCAACACUGACGCUGCUGCGUCGCUGCAACGAAGCCCUCAACAGCAGCAGCAGCAGCAGCAGCAGCAGCAGCAGCAGCCGAACUCUGCUGCGGACGCUGCAGCGGAAGGCCUACAUGUCCUUAAAACAUGCACUGGAAGAUGGAGGAGAGCGCGAGCGGAAGGCCUACAUGUCCUUAAAACAUGCACUGGAAGAUGGAGGAGAGCGCGAGCAGCUGCUGGGGGUUUGGGCAGCUCUUAAGGAAAGCUGCGGAACAGCAGCAGCAGCAGCAGAUUUGAAGCAGCGGCUUUGCUGCCUGGAGGCGCUGCUGCAGUCCUUGGGGAAACACAAAUCUGAGUUUUCUGAAGAGGCGUGGGGGCAGCUGCUGGGGGAGCUGCUUCCUGCUGCAGUGCCGGAGCUGCUGCUGUCGCUCAAAGACCUCAACACAAAAGCUCGAGCAGCAGCAGCACAAACCCUCGACUCUCUCGCCGAACUCUGCGAAGGCAGCCAGCUCCACUUGUCUGCCCUUGUCACUUAUGUUGCUGCUGGGUUUGGGGGCCUCACCCCAGAGACGGGGGGCCCCCAGGGGGCCCCGGGGGCCCCCCCCCUAUUGAAGUCUGCUGCUGCUCUUGCGCUUGGCCGGCUGUUUGACCUUUACUGCGGGGAGCUCCCCCACAGCUUGGUUCAGCAGUGGGCUGCUGUGGGCCUUUUGCUGCUGAAGGACCAUAACAAAAUUGCCUUUGUUGCUGGCAUUCAGUUUGCGAAGGCUUGCAUUCGCGCUGGGGAUAUGGACGACCUUGCGGCUUGGCUGCCCGCAAUGUUGGGGGUUUUGAAAAACCCUAAUGCCCCCAAGGCUCGCAUGAAGAUCCGUCACUUGAUAGAAAAGCUCUGCAAAGUCAUGGGGGAAGAAGCUGUGGAGAAGGCAAUGCCUGAAGAGCACAUGCCUCUUUUGCGUCAUCUGCUUCGCACUGAGAGGCGGCGCACUGUUCGCCGCCUCAUUCGCCAAACCCUCAAGGACACGGGCGAGUCUGGAGACGAAAGCGAAGACUCUAAAGAAGAGCGAAAAGGGUUUGCAGAUUCCGAGACAGAAGAAGAAGAAGAAGAAGAAAAGGAAACAGAAAAAGAAGAAAGAAUUGAACACCGGAAGCGGCGCGCAGCAGCAGCAGCAGCAGCAGCAGCAGCAGCAGGACUGAGUGUGUUUGAGGCUGCGGGAGGAGACGAUCCCACGGAUUUGCUGCUGGACUUCUGCAGCAGCAGCGCAGCGCAGCAAAUCUUAGCAGCGCAGCAGCCCCACAAAGACCGCCGCACUGCAGCAGCAGCAAGAGGCCAGAAGAGGGAAUUAAAGUUCAGCAAACUUAAAGGCAGGACUGCCGCUGCUGCUGCAGCAGCCGCGCGCAGCAGCAGCAGCAGCAGCAGCAGCAGCAGCAGCAAGGCGAACCUGAGCUGCCUGGCAGCGCGGCGUGCUGCGCUGCGGCAGCUGCGGCAGCAGCAAAGUGGGGGCCACUUCCUGCAGCGCAGCGGCGAAGACUUUAAAGCCAAAAGGGCUUUUGGAGAUUUAAAAAAAAAGGGUUUAGACCCUUUUGCUUACAUCAAACUCAACAGAGGCAUUCUCAAGGAAAAGUACCGCGCCCAGGCCCUCCGGCGCCCAAGGCCAGGCUGCAAGCAGCAGCAGCAGCAGCAGCAGCAACAGCAGCAGCAGCAACAGCAGCAGCAGCAACAGCAGCAACAGCAGCAACAGCAGCACCAGCAGCAGCAGCAGCAGCAGCAAAAGCUUUGCGCGAGCCUCGCGGCGGUCUCGCUGCCUCCCCCAGAGCACGCUGUCCAGACACCCGAGAGCCACGCAGGGGCCCACGCCCUCGAGUUCUGCUUCAGUUCGCUGCAAGAUGGAGCAGCAGCAGCAGCAGCAACAGCAGCAGCAGCAGCAGCAGCAGGAGCGCCUCUGCUGCUCCCUGCACUUUUCUCCCCAGCUGCUCGCCCUUGGCGCCACCCGCAACUUGCUGCUGCUGCUGCUGCUGCUGCUGCUGCAGCAAAGUCUCCGUCAUUCUUCGAGUCGCUCCUGGGCCAGCUGCCGCACGUCAGCGGGGCUGCUGCUGCUGCCAGCAGCGACGGCCCCGCGGAGGCCCCCAGCGAGCCCGCUGCUGCCGCUGCAGCAGCAGCAGCAGCAGCAGCAGGAGCGGAGGAGGAGCAGCAGCAGCAAACAGCGCCAAUGAUAGAUCGCAAGGACUACAGCCCCCCGGCCUUUACGGUGGACAGCUUCGAGCUUUCGCUGAAUCUCGACGAGGAGAACACGGAAGUGCUGUCGCGGCUGCGGCUGCGGCGGCGCGAAGGCACAGCCCCUGAGGACUUGGUGUUGGACGGAGAGAACUUGAAGUUGGAAAAAGUGUUUUUAAAUGGAAAAGAAAUUGCACAAGACGCAGCAGCAGCAGCAGGGUACCUGGUGGAGCGCAGCGGCGCGCUGCGGCUGCCCGCGCUGCUGCUGCCGCAGCAGCCCAACGCCGCCUUCACCCUCAGCACUGCCGCGCGAAUAAAUCCGAAAGAAAACUUCCAACUCGAAGGACUUUAUUUUGCAAAUGGAGUUUUCGCGACUAAGUGCGAGCCCGCGGGCUUUCGCAGGAUCGCCCACAUGCUGGACCGCCCCGACGUGCUCACGCGCUACCGGGUUCGCCUCGAAGCCGACCGCCGCAAAUUUCCACUUCUGCUCAGCAACGGCAACAAAAUGGCUUCUGGAGUUCUGCAAGAUUCUCCAAACCGCCAUUUUGUGGUUUUCGAAGACCCUUUUCCCAAACCCUCCUACCUCUUCGCCGCCUUCGCCGGCAACCUCACUCGCAUCCCCGACUCCUUCCGCACAAUGAGCGGGCGCGAAGUGGAGCUGAACUUCUACGGAGACCCCGACGACCUGGUGCGUUUGGGCCCGGGAAGAGAAGCUUUGAAGGAAAGCAUGAAAUUCGACGAAGAGGAAUUUGGCCGCGAAUAUGAUUUGGAAGUUUUGAACUUCGUUUGUUUGAGAGGCAGCAGCAGCAGCAGCAUGCAAAGCAAGGGGCUGCUGCUCUUCGACUGCAGCAGCGUCCUCGCGGACCCCGAGAGCAGCACAGACGAGGAGUUCGGAGAAGUGGUGUCCAAAAUAGCUCAUCUGUACUUCCAAAACUGGAUGGGAAACAGGGUGACCAUCAGGUACUGGACCAUUCUGGGGGCCCCCGGCUUCCGCAAAGGCUUAGAUCUUUUCCUUUUGCGCCACGACGGGGCCUCCGCCACUUCUGAAGACUUCCGAACUGCCAUGGAGGAAGCAAACGCCGCAGACCUUUCCCAGCUCCACCGCUGGCUCAAACAGCGGGGAGCCCCGCGAGUGCGGGUGGUGCGGACAAACUAUGACCCCAUAAUGCGCACCUUCUCCAUCACUUUGGCCCAACACAACAACCCCACCACUUCGGGGGCCCCCAGCUCUUGGGGGGCCCCCAGCUCUUGGGGGGCCCCCAGCUCUUGGGGGGCCCCCAGCUCUUGGGGGGCCCCCAGCUCUGGGGGGGCCCCCCAGUCUUCGGGGCCCCUUUUGAUUCCCGUGGCCAUCGGGCUAAUCGGCAAGAAGAGCCGAACGGACAUCCUCGAUCCCCCCACCCACCUGUUCCUGAUGACCCGGCAAGAGGAAACAGUGCGUUUCACCGAAGUCUACGAAGACUGCAUUCCUUCUUUGUUUCGAAACUUCUCUUCUCCAGUUCUUUUUUCCUUUUUGCUGCCGCCCCAAAGCCUGGCUUUUCUUGCUGCUCAUGACUCAGACCCUUUCAACAAAUGGGCAGCAGCACACAAACUUGCUGCUGCUGUUAUUACCCACAAGGCCCGCCAAAGGGUCCCAAAAACGGACCCUCAGGGGGCCCCCGACGCGCCCCAGACGGGCCCCCAGGGGGCCCCCGCCAGCUCCCAGGGGGCCCCCCAGGGGCCCCCCGAAAGGGGCCCCCAGGGGGCCCCCAACGCCCCCCAGGGGGCCCCCCGAAGGGUCUCCCAAAGGGGCCCCUACAGGUCCUCCCAAAGGGGCCCCCCCAGGGCCCCCCAGGGGGGCCCCCAGAGGGGCCCCCAGGGGGCCCCCAACGCGCCGCAGGGGGCCCCUGGCAGCAGCAACGAAGUGUCAAAUCUGGAAGAACUUUUUGCGGAAACAAUAAAGAAGAUUAUUUUAGAUCCUGGAUUAGAUGAAACUGUGAAAGCUUUGAUUUUGCGGCUGCCGGACUUGCGAGAAUUGGCAAAGACAAAAAGACCAGUGGACCUUUUGCUGCUGCAGCAGGCGCGGCGGGCAGCAGCAGCAGAGCUUGCUGCUGCGCUGCAGCAGGAACUGCUGCAGCUGUACAGACACCUGGAAAGCCCCACAGGGGACUGCAGCCAGCAGCAAACUGGCCGCCGGCUGCUGCGCAACGAGCUGCUGCUGCUGCUUGCUGCAGCAGCAGACCGGGAAGCAGCAAAGCUGGCCUACAGCCACUUCGCAGCAGCAAAAUGCUUGACUGAUAAAGCAGCAGCACUUGCUGCUCUCGCCAACAUGCAGCAGCCCGAACGCGAAGCAGCUUUUGCUGCCUUCUUCGCCCAGGCAGACGGGAACCCCGCUGCAGUGGACCAGUGGUUCGCGCUGCAGGCAGCAGCAGACCUGCCGCAGCAGCUGCAGCGCGUGCUGCUGCUGCUGCAGCACCCAAGCUUUUCUUUCGAAAACCCUAAAAGAGUGGAAUGUCUUUUCUUUUCUUUUUGGCAGCAAAACCAAAUCCACUUCCACGCAGAAGACGGCGGGGGCUACAGCCUCUUCGCAGACGCCAUACUCACCCUGGACCCCUUCAACCCCCCUCUUGCUGCAGCACUUGCUGCUCUGCUGAGCAGCAGCAAAAGCCACGGGCAAGUCCGGCAGCAGCUGCUGCAGCAGCAGCUGCAGCGGAUAGCAGCAGAGCCGGGGCUUUCGGAGGGCCUGCUGCUGCAGCAGCAACGGCUGCAGGCCAAGGCAAAUCAAAACUCCUCAACAGGCUCGAGAGCCCGCCGCCCUCCGCAGCUCGCCGCUGCAGCAGCCCCAACCCCCCAGAGCCUUUGCCCCCCGCUCGCCGCCUCGCAGCACGCCGGACAGCUGCCUCCAGGCCCACGUGCAUGCUGCCUAGCAGCAGCAGCAGCAGCAGCAGCAGCAGCAACAGCAGCAGCAGCAGCAGCAGCAGCAGCAGAAUGCCUCCUGGCCGCACGCGCACGAGGCCUCGCCGCCGUGGUUUGCGCAGCAGCUGGGGGCCCUGCAGCGGGAGAGUCUUCAUUUGAAGCAGCUGGAGGAAGCUGCAGCCCGAAGGCUUUCUCCAAGCAGCAGCAGCAGAAGCAGCAGCAGCAGAAGCAGCAGCAGCAGCAGCAACAGCAGCAGCAGCAACAGCAGCAGCAGCAGGUCGAAGUCCUCCGGCUGCGAGACACAGCCGGAGCCCCGUGUCUGCGGCUUGUGGGGCGGCUGCGAAGCAGCAGCAGCUGCAGCACAAGAAGCUUCUCGAUUUCUUUUGCAGCAGCAAAGCAGCAGCAAAGCAGCAGCAAAGCAGCAGCAAAGCAGCAGCAAAGCAGCAGCAAAGCAGCAGCAAAUCAGCAGCAAAGCAGCAGCAAACUCCGCAGCAAAAGCCUCCGCAUGCCCCUCGCCGGCCUCCACGAUCUUGCUGCUGCGCGCUGCUGCGGGCGCACUCCCCAACGGCUUCUAAGCCCCCAGCAGCAGCAGCAGCAGCAGCAGCAGCAGCAGAAGCAGAAUAACAGGCGGCAGCAGCAGAAUAAGCAGCAGCAGCAGCAGGGGAGGACUAGACUGGAUGCUGAUGGGAAGGCAGGAAGCAAAGCAAAGGGAAAGAGCUGCAGCAGAAACGACAAAGACACAGCGCAGCACUUUGAAGACACAGCAGCAGCAGCAGCAGCAGCAGCAGCAGCAGCAGCAGCAGCAGCAGCAAGAGAGGUGGGAGAGGCUUGCGGGCCAGAGAAGCGCUUCUGUGCACUUUUGUACUGCGGCAGGGGGCCCGUAAUGGGCCCCGGAAACACUCUGUACCCUCCCUGCUGCCCGGGGCCCCAGGGGGGCCCCCAGGGGGGCCCCCAGUGCCCUUUUUCAGCUGCUGGGGGCCCCCGGGGGGCCCCCUGGGGGCCCCAGGGGGGCCCCCUGUCCCCCUUUUCAGCUGCUGGGGGCCCCCAGGGGGCCCUUUCGGAGCCAGAAAGCGAAGACACUGGCGAGUCCUGGGACCCCAGCCGCCCCUACCCGUCAGCAGCAGCAGCAGCGGCGCCGUGA